CAUUCAAAUGCAGCGUCGCCGUCUCAUUGGUCACGAGAUGCUGCUCACCGAUUGGCCUCGUGAUGAGGUGGGCGGUGCCCGGAGGCACCCAUUGGUGGAGGCGGAAAUUUUAAACAGUCAAAACCCCAUACUUGUUUAGCUUCCCUAUUCAACUUGCGAGUUUGUUGGGAUUGUUUUCGGUUUUUUAGGGUGUAGGUUACUGGAAAAGAAAAGGGGCCGAAUUCACUCCCCCGACCUCUACAGCCGCCCCUGAGAGGAAGCGGUCAGCGUAAGUCCUGGACCCCCGCUCCGGAACAGCCUCGUGGGAGCGGGGCAAGAGAUCCAGGCGGGGGCUCCAAGCCGUCAUGGCUACCCGGCGAGUGGGGCGAGGCUGCUGGGAGGUGAGCCCGACCGAGCAGAGGCCGUGCGCGGGGCUGCGGGUCCCCGCGACCCAAGAGGAGUCGACUUCCCCUCCGGUCCUGUUUCUUAGCCACUUCCGCAGGUCUCCUUUCCUUUGCUUCGGGGACGUUAGCCUAGGAGCCUCACGGACGCUGCUUCUGACCCUGGACAACCCUAAUGAGGAGGUGGCUGAAGUGAAGAUCUCCCACCUCCCGGCCGCACACCUGGGCUUCAGCGUGUCGCAGCGCUGUUUCGUGUUGCAGCCUAAAGAGAAAAUUGUUAUUUCUGUUAACUGGACACCAAUCAAAGAAGGCCGAGUAAGAGAGAUUAUGACAUUUCUUGUAAAUGAUGUUCUGAAACACCAAGCUAUAUUAUUAGGAAACGCAGAAGAGCAGAAAAAGAAAAAGAGGAAUAUUUGGGAUAUCAUUAAAAAGAAGAAAAUUUCAGCCUCUACAAGUCAAAACAGAAGGGUUUCAAAUAUUCAAAAUGUUAAAACAUUUAGUGUUUCCCAAAAAGUUGACCGAAUUAGGAGCCCACUGCAAGCCUGUGAAAAUCGAGCUGUGAAUGAAGGUGGUUCCCCAAAAGAAAACAAUUAUUUAACACUUGAAGAAAAUAAAAUACUCCUAUCACCUAUUAGCCCUGCGUUCAAUGAAUGCCGUGGUGCAACUUGCUUGCCACUUUCUGUACGUCAAUCUACUGCCUACUCAUCUUUUCAUGCAUUAGAAAAUAGGGAACUGUUGAAUGUGGACAGUGCCAAUGUUUCAAAAAAUGAUUUUAAUGAGAAAGUUGUUUCUGAAACUUUUUUAAAUUCCAUAAAUGUUAAUGACCAAAGUGGAGAGAAUAAUAAACUUAUUCUUGCCCCAAACUGUUCUUCAACUUUGAACAUUACACAAAGCCAAAGAAAUUUUCUAAGUCCAGAUUCUUUUGUAAAUAACAGUCGGGGAGAUAAUAAUGAACUAGAAUUAGGGAUAUGUCUUUCAUCAGACAUGUUUAUGAAAGAUAAUUCAAAGCCUGUGCAUUUGGAAUCAACACCUGCACGUGAAAUUUAUCAGAAAAUUUUAAGUCCAGAUUAUUUCAUAAAAGAUAAUUAUGGACUAAAUCAGGAUCUAGAAUCAGAGUCAAUUAAUUCCAUUUUAUCCCCAUAUCAAUUUUUGAAAGAUAACAUGGCAUGUAUGCGUACAUCUCAGCAAACAUGUAAAGUACCACUAUCAAAUGAAAAUUCUCAAUUCCCGCAAUCUCUUCAAGAUUGGAGAAAAAGUGAAGUUUUCCCAUGUAUUUCUGAAUGUCAGCCUUCAAAAUCUCCCAAAGCUACUUUUGAAGAACUGGUAGAAAUGAAGUCAAAUUGCUGCAGUUUUAUAAAACAAAAUCAGCCUAAAUUUCCUGCAGUUAAGGAUAUUUCUAGUCAUAGCUACAAUAAACAACCUAAGAGACGCCCAAUACUUUCUGCCACUGUUACUAAAAGGAAGCCCACCUGUACCAGAGAAAACCAAACUGAGAUUAAUAAACCAAAAGCAAAAAGAUGUCUCAACAGUGCAGUGGGUGAAAAUGAAAAAAUAGUAAAUAAUCAAAAGGAAAAAGAAGAUUUUCAUUCUUAUCUUCCAAUUAUAGAUCCAGUAUUAAGUAAAUCUAAAAGUUAUAAAAAUGAAAUAACACCGUCUUUGACAACAGCUUCAGUUGCUCGGAAAAGAAAGCGUGAUGGAAGCAUGGGAGAUGCAAGUGUGAGAGUUGCGGUUACAGAACAUACAGAAGUGCGAGGCAUCAAAAGAAUCCAUUUUUCUCCCUCAGAGCCUAAAACAUCAACUGUUAAGAAAACAAAAAAUGUGAUAGCACCCAUCUCAAAACGUAUUGGCAACAGAGAGAAAUUAAGCCUGAAGAAGAAAACUGAGUUCAAAACUCCAAUAUUUAAAACAAGUAAAAGGACAAAACCCAUUAUCACCGUGGCACAGUCUAAUUUGACCUUCAUAAAACCACUAAAAACAGGUAUUCCCAGACACCCAAUGCCAUUUGCUGCAAAAAACAUGUUUUAUGAUGAACGCUGGAAGGAAAAGCAGGAACAGGGCUUCACUUGGUGGCUAAAUUUUAUAUUAACCCCUGAUGACUUCACUGUAAAAACAAAUAUUUCUGAAGUAAAUGCUGCUACUCUUCUUUUGGGAGUGGAGAAUCAACAUAAAAUAAGUGUUCCUAGAGCACCUACAAAAGAGGAAAUGUCUCUCAGAGCUUAUACUGCUCGGUAUAGGUUAAACAGACUACGUCGUGCAGCAUGCCUUUUAUUUACUUCUGAAAAAAUGGUUAAAGCUAUUAAAAAGCUUGAAAUUGAAAUUGAAGCCAGGCAGUUAAUUGUUCGAAAAGAUAGACACCUAUGGAAAGAUGUGGGAGAACGUCAGAAAGUCCUAAAUUGGCUGUUGUCAUACAAUCCUUUGUGGCUUCGAAUUGGUCUAGAGACAGUUUAUGGAGAACUCAUAUCUUUGGAAGAUAACAGUGAUGUCACAGGAUUAGCUGUGUUUAUUCUGAAUCGCUUACUUUGGAAUCCUGAUAUAGCAGCUGAGUAUAGACAUCCCACUGUUCCUCAUCUGUAUAGAGAUGGUCAUGAAGAAGCUUUGUCCAAAUUCACCUUGAAAAAGUUAUUGUUGUUGGUCUGUUUUCUUGAUUAUGCUAAAAUUUCCAGACUCAUUGAUCAUGAUCCUUGUCUCUUUUGUAAAGAUGCUGAAUUCAAGGCAAGUAAAGAAAUUCUUUUGGCUUUUUCAAGAGAUUUCCUAAGUGGUCAAGGUGACCUUUCCCGUCACCUUGGCUUAUUGGGAUUACCUGUUAACCAUGUUCAGACACCAUUUGAUGAAUUUGAUUUUGCUGUUACAAAUCUUGCUGUAGACUUGCAGUGUGGUGUGCGCCUUGUGCGAGCUAUGGAACUUCUCACACAGAACUGGGAUCUCUCAAAGAAACUCAGGAUUCCAGCAAUAGGUCGUCUUCAAAAGAUGCACAAUGUUGACAUUGUUCUUCAAGUUCUUAAAUCACGAGGAAUUGAAUUAAGUGAUGAGCAUGGAAAUACAAUUCUGUCUAAGGAUAUUGUGGAUAGGCACAGAGAAAAAACUCUCCAGUUGCUUUGGAAAAUAGCGUUUGCUUUCCAGGUGAAUAUUUCUCUUAAUUUAGAUCAAUUAAAGGAAGAAAUUGCCUUUCUAAAACACACAAAGAGUAUAAAGAAAACAAUAUCUCUACUAUCAUGCCAUUCUGAUACUCUUACUAAUAAGAAAAAAGGCAAAAGGGAUAGUGGUUCAUUUGAACAAUAUGGUGAAAACAUAAAGUUAUUGAUGGAUUGGGUAAAUGCUGUUUGUGCCUUCUAUAAUAAAAAGGUGGAGAAUUUUACGGUGUCUUUCUCAGACGGCCGUGUGUUAUGUUACCUGAUCCACCAUUACCAUCCUUGCUAUGUGCCAUUUGAUGCUAUAUGUCAGCGUACUACUCAAACUGUGGAAUGUAUGCAAACUGGUUCAGUGGUAUUAAAUUCAUCAUCUGAAUCUGAUGAAAGUUCUCUGGAUAUGUCUCUUAAGGCAUUUGAUCAGGAAAAUACUUCAGAACUAUACAAAGAGCUCCUAGAAAAUGAAAAGAAAAAUUUUCAUUUGAUUAGGUCUGCAGUUAGAGACCUUGGUGGAAUACCUGCUAUGAUUAAUCAUUCAGAUAUGUCAAAUACAAUUCCAGAUGAAAAGGUGGUUAUUACCUAUUUGUCAUUUCUUUGUGCAAGGCUUUUGGAUCUUCGUAAAGAAAUAAGAGCUGCUCGACUCAUACAAACGACAUGGAGAAAAUAUAAACUAAAAACAGAUCUCAAACGCCAUCAGAAAAGAGAGAAAGCUGCAAGAAUUAUUCAAUCAACUGUAAUCAAUUUCCUAACAAAACAAAGAUUGAGAAAAAAACUUAAUGCAGCACUUAUCAUUCAGAAAUAUUGGCGAAGAGUCUUAGCACAGGAAAAAUUAUUAAUGUUAAAAAAGGAAAAGCUGGAAAGAGUUCAAAAUAAAGCAGCAUCACUUAUUCAGGGAUAUUGGAGAAGAUAUUCUACUAGAAAAAGAUUUCUGAAAUUGAAAUAUUAUUCAAUCAUCCUGCAAUCUAGGAUAAGAAUGAUAAUUGCUGUUAAAUCGUAUAAACGAUAUCUUUGGGCUACAGUUACAAUUCAGAGGCACUGGCGUGCUUAUUUAAGAAGAAAACAAGAUCAACAAAGAUAUGAAAUGCUAAAAUCAUCUUCUCUUAUAAUCCAGGCUAUGUUCAGAAGAUGGAAGCGACGUAAAAUGCAAUUACAAGUAAAAGCUACAAUAACAUUGCAAAGAGCUUUUAGAGAAUGGCAUUUAAGGAAACGAGCUAAAGAAGAAAAAUCUGCUAUUGUCAUACAAUCAUGGUAUAGAAUGCAUAAACAAUUACGGAAAUAUGUUUAUGUUAGAUCUUGUGUUGUUAUCAUUCAGAAAAGAUUUCGGUGCUUUCAAGCCCAAAGGUUAUAUAAGAGAAGAAAAGAGUCCAUACUAACUAUCCAGAAGUACUACAGAGCAUAUCUGAAAGGAAAGAUUGAGCGCACCAACUAUUUGCAGAAACGAGCUGCAGCCAUUCAAUUGCAAGCUGCUUUUAGGAGACUGAAAGCUCAUAAUUUACAUAGACAAAUUAGAGCUGCUUGUGUUAUUCAGUCAUAUUGGAGAAUGAGACAAGACAGAGUUCGCUUUUUAAACCUUAAGAAGAUUAUUAUCAAAUUGCAGGCACACGUAAGAAAACAUCAACAAUUGCAGAAAUACAAGAAGAUAAAGAAAGCAGCUGUUAUAAUUCAGACUCAUUUCCAAGCUUACAUUUUUGCAAGGAAAGUUCUAGCAUCUUACCAGAAAACACGCUCCGCUGUCAUUGUUCUACAGUCUGCAUAUAGAGGGAUGCAAGCCAGGAAAAUGUAUAUUCACAUCCUCACAUCUGUGGUAAAGAUUCAAUCAUAUUAUCGUGCUUAUGUUUCUAAAAAGGAAUUUUUGAGCCUAAAAAAUGCUACAAUAAAAUUGCAGUCAAUUGUUAAGAUGAAACAAACACGUAAACAAUAUUUGCAUUUAAGAGCAACUGCAGUGUUUAUCCAGCAAUGUUACCGUUCCAAAAAACUGGCUGCACGAAAGAGAGAAGAGUAUAUGCAGAUGCGGGAAUCUUGUAUCAAACUGCAAGCUUUUGUUAGAGGAUACCUGGUCCGAAAGCAGAUGAGGUUGCAAAGAAAGGCUGUUACUUCACUACAGUCUUAUUUCAGAAUGAGAAAGACUCGGCAGUACUACCUGAAAACGUAUAAAGCAGUUAUUGUCAUUCAGAAUUACUAUCACUCAUACAAAGCACAGGUGAAUCAGAGGAAGAACUUUUUGCAGGUCAAAAAGGCAGCUACUUGCUUGCAAGCAGCUUACAGAGGUUAUAAAGUACGCCAGCUAAUCAAACAACAAUCUAUAGCUGCUGUUAAAAUUCAGUCUGCUUUUAGAGGCUAUAGUAACAGGGUAAAAUAUCAAUCUGUGCUUCAAUCUAUUAUAAAGAUUCAGAGAUGGUACAGAGCAUACAAGACUCUUUCUGAUAUAAGAACACAUUUUUUAAAGACAAAGGCAGCUGUGAUUUCACUCCAGUCUGCUUAUCGUGGCUGGAAGGUUCGGAAACAGAUUAGAAGGGAACAUCAAGCUGCAGUGAAGAUUCAGUCCGCUUUUAGAAUGGCCAAGGCCCAGAAACAGUUUAGAUUGUUUAAAACAGCAGCAUUAGUCAUCCAGCAACAUUUGAGAGCAUGGAGUGCAGGAAGGAAGCAACGUAUGGAGUAUAUUGAACUCCGUCAUUCGGUACUGAUGCUUCAAUCUAUGUGGAAGGGAAAAACACUGAGAAGACGGCUUCAAAGGCAACAUAAAUGUGCUGUCAUCAUACAGUCAUACUACAGAAUGCAUGUGCAACAAAAGAAGUGGAAAAUCAUGAAAAAAGCUGCUCUUCUGAUUCAAAAGUAUUAUAGGGCUUACAGUACUGGAAGAGAACAGCAUCAUUUAUAUUUGAAAACAAAAGCAGCUGUAGUAACUUUACAGUCAGCUUAUCGUGGUAUGAAAGUGAGAAAAAGAAUAAAGGAUUGCAACAAAGCAGCAGUAACUAUACAGUCUAAAUACAGAGCUUACAAAACCAAAAAGAAAUAUGCAGCCUAUAGAGCUUCAGCUAUUAUAAUUCAGAGAUGGUAUCGAGGUAUUAAAAUUACAAACCAUCAGUAUAAGGAGUAUCAUAGUUUGAAGAAGACAGCAAUUAAAAUCCAAGCUGUUUAUAGAGGUAUUAGAGUUAGAAGACAUAUUCAACACAUGCACCGGGCAGCCACUUUUAUUAAAGCCAUGUUUAAAAUGCAUCAGUCAAGAAUAAGAUACCAUACAAUGAGAAAAGCAGCUAUAGUUAUUCAAGUAAGAUAUAGAGCAUAUUAUCAAGGUAAAAUGCAGCGUGAAAAUUACCUGAAAAUUUUGAGAGCUGUUACUGUCCUUCAGGCAAACUUUAGAGGAGUAAGAGUGAGACAGACUCUAAGAAAGUUGCAGAUUGCAGCAACAGUCAUUCAGUCAAACUACAGAAGAUACAGAGAGCAAACAUAUUUUAAUAAGUUAAAGAAGAUAACAAAAACAGUACAGCAAAGAUACCGGGCAGUGAAGGAAAGAAACAUACUAUUUCAAAGGUAUAACAAACUGAGGCAUUCUGUAAUACACAUUCAGGCUAUUUUUAGGGGAUUAAAAGCUAGAAGACAUUUAAAAACGAUGCAUAUAGCUGCCACCCUCAUUCAGAGGAGAUUCAGAACUCUAAUGAUGAGAAGAAGGUUUCUGUCUCUCAAGAAAACUGCCAUUUGGAUUCAGAGAAGAUAUCGGGCACACCUUUGUACAAAGCAUCACUUACAGUUCCUUCGAUUACAAAAUGCAGCUAUUAAACUCCAGUCAUCAUACAGAAGAUGGAUGAUAAGGAAAAAGAUGCGAGAGAUGCAUAGGGCUGCUACUUUCAUCCAGGCUACUUUCAGAAUGCGCAGAGUACAUAUGAGAUAUCAGGCUUUGAAACAGGCCUCCGUUGUGAUCCAGCAGCAAUACCAAGCAAACAGAGCUGCAAAACUGCAGAGGCAGCAUUAUCUCAGACAAAGACACUCUGCUGUGAUCCUUCAGGCUGCAUUCAGGGGCAUGAAAACUAGAAGGCAUUUGAAGAGUAUGCAUUCCUCUGCAAUCCUUAUUCAGAGUAGGUUUAGAUCAUUACUGGUGAGGAGAAGAUUCAUUUCACUCAAAAAAGCUGCUAUUUUUAUUCAGAGGAAAUACCGAGCCACCAUUUGUGCCAAACAUAAAUUGCACCAAUUCUUGCAGUUACGAAAGGCAGCCAUUAUAAUACAGUCAUCUUACAGAAGACUGAUGGUCAAGAAGAAGUUACAAGAAAUGCAUAGGGCUGCAGUUCUCAUUCAGGCCACUUUCAGGAUGCACAGAACAUAUGUUACAUUUCAGACUUGGAAACAUGCCUCAAUUCUAAUUCAGCAACAUUAUCGAACAUACAGAGCUUCAAAAUUGCAAACAGAAAAUAAUACCAAACAAUGGUAUUCUGCUGUGAUUAUUCAGGCUGCAUAUAGAGGAAUGAAAGCAAGACAACUUUUAAGGGAAAAACACAAAGCUGCUAUCAUAAUACAAAGCACAUACAGAAUGUAUAGGCAGUAUUGUUUAUACCAAAAUCUUCAGUGGGCUACAAAAAUCAUACAAGAAAAAUAUAGAGCUAAUAAAAAGAAACACAAAGCACUUCAACACAAUGAACUUAAGAAAGCAGAGACUUGCGUUCAGGCAAGUUUUCAGGACAUGAACAUAAAAAAACUGAUUCAGGAACAGCACCAGACUUCCGUUAUUAUUCAGAAGCAUUGCAAAGCCUUUAAAAUAAAGAAGCAUUAUCUCCACCUUAGAGAACCAGUACUUUCUAUUCAAAGAAGAUACAGAAAACUAACUGCAGUGCAUACCCAAGCAGUUAUUUGUAUACAGUCUUACUACAGAGGCUUUAAAGUACGAAGGGAUAUCCAAAAUAUGCACCUGGCUGCCACACGAAUUCAGUCAUUCUAUCGAAUGCACAGGGCCAAAGUUGAUUAUCAAAGAAAGAAAACUGCCAUUGUGGUUAUACAGAAUUAUUAUAGGCUGUAUGUUAGAGUAAAAACAGAAAGAAGUAGUUUCUUAGCAGUUCAGAAAUCUGUACGAACUAUUCAGGCUGCUUUUAGAGGCAUGAAAGUUAGACAAAAAUUGAAAAACGUAUCCCAGGAAAAGAUGGCAGCUAUUGUGAAGCGGUCUGCUCUCUACUGUUACAGAAGUAAAGCUCAAUAUGAAGCUGUUCUAAGUGAGGGUGUUAUAAUUCAAGAGUGGUAUAACGCUGCUUGCCUUGCUUGUUCACAGGAAGCAGAGGAUCAUUCUCGAAGCAGGGCUGCAGUAACCAUUCAAAAAGCUUUUUGUAGAAUGAUCACAAGAAAACUGGAGACACGGCGAUGUGCUGCCCUACAGAUUCAGGUCUUCCUUCAGAUGGCUGUGUAUCGGAGAAGAUUUCUUCAGCAGAAAAGAGCUGCUGUCACUUUGCAGCGUUAUUUUAGGACGUGGCAAACCAGAAAACAGUUUUUACUCUAUAGAAAAGCGGCAGUGGUUUUACAAAAUCACUACAGAGCAUUUCUGUCCGCAAAACAUCAAAGAAAAGUUUACUUACAGAUCAGAAGCAGUGUUAUCGUUAUUCAAGCUAGAAUCAAAGGAUUUAUACAGAAACGGAAGUUUCAGAAAAUGAAAAAUAGCACCAUAAAAAUUCAGGCUGUGUGGAGGAGAUACAGAACCAAGAAAUCUUUAUGUAAAGUGAAAGCUGCCUGCAAGAUUCAAGCCUGGUAUAGGUGUUGGAGAGCACACAAAGAAUAUCUAGCUAUAUUAAAAGCUGUUAAAAUUAUUCAAGGUUGCUUCUAUACCAAACUAGAGAGAACACGGUUUUUGAAUGUGAGAGCAUCAGCAAUUAUCAUUCAGAGAAAAUGGAGAGCUAUACUUUCUGCAAAAAUAGCUCAUGAACACUUCUUAAUGAUACAAAGACAUCGAGCUGCUUGUUUGAUUCAAGCACAUUUUAGAGGAUAUAAAGGAAGGCAGGUCUUUCUUCGGCAGAAAUCCGCUGCUUUGACUAUACAAAAAUAUAUACGAGCCAGGGAGGCUGGAAGACGUGAAAGGAUAAAAUACAUUGAAUUAAAAAAAUCUACAGUUAUUCUACAAGCACUGGGGCGUGGUUGGCUAGUACGAAAAAGAAUUUUAGAACAGAGAGCCAGAAUUCGGCUUCUUCCCUUCACUGCAGCUGCAUAUUAUCACCUGAAGGCUCUCAGAAUUCAAAGAGCCUAUAAACUUUACCUGGCUCUGAAGAAUGCUAACAAGCACGUCAAUUCAGUCAUCUGUAUUCAGAGAUGGUUUCGAGCAAGAUUACAACAAAAGAGAUUUAUUCAGAAAUGUCAUAGCAUCAAAAAGAUUGAGCAUGAAGGUCAAGAACGUCUGAGCCAGCAAAAUAGGGCUGCAUCAGUAAUACAGAAAGCGGUGCGCCAUUUUCUCCUUCGUAAAAAACAGGAAAAACUUACUAGUGGAAUCAUUAAAUGUCAGGCAUUAUGGAGAGGCUAUUCUUGGAGGAAGAAUAAUGAUUGUACAAAAAUUAAAGCUAUACGACUAAGUCUUCAAGUUGUUAAUAGGGAGAUUCGAGAAGAAAACAAACUCUACAGAAGAACUGCACUUGCACUUCGUUAUCUUUUGACAUAUAAGCACCUUUCUGCCAUUCUUGAGGCUGUAAAACACCUAGAGGUAGUUACUAGAUUGUCUCCACUUUGUUGUGAGAACAUGGCCCAGAGUGGAGCAAUUUCUAAAAUAUUUGUUUUGAUCCGGAGUUGUAAUCGUAGUGUUCCUUGUAUGGAAGUCAUCAGAUACGCUGUGCAAGUCUUGCUAAAUGUAGCUAAGUAUGAGAAGACAACCUCAGCAGUUUAUGAUGCAGAAAAUUGUGUCGAUACACUGUUGGAGCUUUUGCAGAUGUACCGAGAAAAGCCUGGUAAUAAAGUUGCAGACAAAAGUGGAAGCAUUUUCACAAAAACUUGUUGUUUAUUGGCUACUUUAUUGAAGACAACAAAUAGAGCCUCUGAUGUACGAAGUAGGUCCAAAGUUGUUGACCGUAUUUACCGUCUCUACAAACUUACAGCUUGUAAUAAAGUGAAUACUGAAAGAUUACUUUACAAGCAAAAGGAUUCUUCUAUAAGCAUUCCUUUUAUGCCAGAAACACCUGUAAGGACCAGAAUAGUUUCAAGACUUAAACCAGAUUGGGUUUUGAGAAGAGAUAACCUGGAAGAAAUCACAAAUCCCCUGCAAGCUAUUCAAAUGGUGAUGGAUACACUUGGCAUUCCUUAUUAGUAAAUGUAAACAUUUUCAGGAUGUAUAGUGUAAAGAAGCAUUAAAGCUAAUCAUGAGUAUAUAAAGUGAGUUUUGCUCUCUGUGUACAGCUUUUAGCAUCUGACUUUGUAUUUUUUUUAAAAAAACUUCAUUAUAUUCUUUAUUCUUUUAUUUAUAGCUUUAUGCAUGUAAUAAACUAAUAUGUCAUAA